CCAACUUCAAAACAACAACAAUGGAGAGCGAAGAAGAAGCAGAGAUAUUAGGUUUCCCUAUCGAGGAGCCAAAGAAUAUGACCCACAUCGUUCAAAGGCCAUGCAGCGUCGACGACAGUUUUGAACAAGUGGACAUCAUCCCUUCCAAAUUACCGCCAGCUGGCCUUGCACUAGACACAGAUGUACUCUUGACCUCUCGCACUGACCCCUUGACCCGUACCCAGUUCCAAGAAAUGCUUGACCCAGACGGUCGACUUGUUUGUGAACAUCAGCUGAGAAAAGCAGUGUUUCUAGGCGGAGUGUGCCCGGAGAUCCGUCGUGAAGUGUGGGCGUUUCUGUUUGGUCUCUACCCCUGCAGUUCCACAACCAGGGAGAGAGAAGCCAUUCUGCUCGACUACAUCGUACGCUACCACGAGAUGAAAUCACGAUGGAAAACGCUCCUGGUCGUCAACUCCCCGCCCAACUCGACGCCCUUAGAACAGUGCCUUACAGCACGGUACCUUCUGCCAGAGGAGUCCUCGCCCUCUCCGACCGCCACCACCACACAACCGGUACCCUCUCACCUCCCCUCCGACUCGACGCGCAGCCAGCCCUUGCACGAUGCGGAUGUCGACCAAGCCUUCCCAGCUGAAAACACCAACACAAAGAACGAUGGGAGGAUCGAUCUAAAGGGUCUGGGGCACCCCAAGCUGGCACAGCAGUACAGCACGCCAGAUAUGUCGCAAAAACUGGAUUUUAUGAGGUUGCAAGCGCAGGUUCAGGUAAACAGACAGAAGAUGGACGUGCAAAAUCUGCGCACAAAUAUACGGGUGAUCGACAAAGACGUGCCUCGCACAGACCGCGAUGUGCUGUUUUUCAGCGGCCGAAACAAUCCCCACUUGCGAGAGCUGCGAGACAUCCUGGUCACGUUUGCCGCCUACAACGGUGAGCUGGGGUACGCUCAGGGCAUGAACGAUAUCUUGUCGCGGUUCCUCUACGUCAUGGGGUCAGAGGUGGAGACGUACUGGUGUUUCCGUACGUAUAUGGAAAAGAUCGGCUCUGACUUCAUGGAGGAGGGUAUGACGUACAAGAUUGAUUUGGUGCGUAUGUUAUUGGAGGAGAUGGACCCAGCUCUGCUGAAACACCUGGAGACUACUGACCUGGGCAACUUGUUCUUUUGUCACAGGUGGCUUCUGCUGGGCUUCAAGCGAGAGUUCAGCUUCGAGGAUUCCCUGCGGUGCUUCGAGAUCCUGUCUAGUCACCAUUUGGAGCUCUCUAGUCUGGAGGCGGAAAAAGCAGUACUGCGGGAGGAGAGGAAAGAGUUUGCCAGUACAGGAGGCGAUACGCGUACCUCGGGUCUGGCGACGCAGAAGGAGUACACGUUUGAAGUGUUCAUGUGUGCCACGGUGCUGACCGAGUGCCGCGACGACUUCUUCGCCUGCACCGACUGUGGACAAGUCUUCUGUUUCCUCAACAACCUCACGUUCGAUCUGGACUCCCUGCUGACCAAGUCGGAGCGCCUGUUCUUCGUCUAUUGCAAGAAGACGGUCGGCGAAAGCUUCCAGCUUGUGGAUUCCAACAACUCCAACGCCAACAACAAACAGGGGUUCUUGUCGUACUUUUUCCGAUAAAAUUGUGCCUCAACAAAGCUCGUUGGGGUGUCGUAUCGCCACGUGAAUGAUGGUUGAUGAUCAAAGUUCUCCUGUGGACUGCGCUUUCUACUUAUUUCCAGAGUUACUUUAGUCCUCUUGGGGUGCUGGUGUUGCUG